CUCAGUUUCACGAUGCACACUUAAAUAACAGUCUGUACAGCACACACACAAGCUCACUAUUUUCAAACCUCCCAACUCAUCAUCAUACAUACACAAAUUAUCUUUAUAUAUCUACUGCUCUGAGCCUGUUGCGUAGAUUGUUUUCAUGUGAAUAGAGAGUCAGAUCCAAUAUGACUGAUCUUUCCGGCGACGAAGCUUCACUGUCGGUUUCGCCGGAGUUUUACUCCGGCCAUAAUAACGGCAAUGCACGGAAUUCUCCGCCGUUGACGGCGUCGGCGUCAUUUAGAGAAGGAAGGAGCACGACGAGGAGGCGAGCGCCGAUGAGGCCGCCAAGCUUAGACGCUGAUGAGUUUUUUAAUUUGAUGCACGGCUCGGAUCCGGUUAAAAUCGAACUUAAUCGGUUGGAGAACGAAGUUCGAGAUAAAGAUAGAGAGCUGGGUGAAGCUCAAGCUGAGAUAAAGGCGCUCAGACUGUCUGAGCGACUUCGUGAAAAAGCAGUGGAAGAGCUAAGUGAAGAAUUGGAAAAGGUGGACGAAAAGCUCAAGUUAACGGAAUCUCUUCUUGAAAGCAAAAAUCUUGAAAUUAAGAAAAUCAAUGAUGAAAAGAAGGCUUCCAUGGCUGCUCAAUUUGCAGCAGAAGCUACUCUUCGAAGGGUUCAUGCUGCUCAAAAAGACGAUGAUAUGCCUCCUAUUGAAGCCAUCCUUGCACCUUUGGAAGCAGAGCUUAAGCUUGCUCGUCAAGAGAUUGCAAAUCUCCAGGAUGACAACAAAGCUCUAGAUCGCCUCACGAAAUCAAAAGAGGCUGCUUUACUGGAGGCUGAAAGAACUGUUCAAGUUGCUCUAGCAAAGGCUUCUAUGGUAGAUGAUCUGCAAAAUAAGAACCAAGAAUUAAUGAAGCAGAUAGAAAUUUGCCAGGAAGAAAAUAAAAUCUUGGACAAAAUGCAUCGCCAAAAAGUUGCUGAAGUUGAAAAGCUCACUCAAACUGUACGCGAGCUAGAAGAAGCUGUACUUGCAGGCGGUGCUGCGGCAAAUGCUGUUAGAGAGUAUCAAAGAAAAGUUCAAGAGAUGAAUGAGGAAAGAAAAACUCUUGAUAGGGAGCUGGCUCGGGCAAAAGUAACAGCUAACAGGGUAGCAGUAGUGGUAGCUAAUGAAUGGAAAGAUGCCAAUGAUAAAGUAAUGCCUGUAAAACAAUGGCUAGAAGAAAGAAGAUUCAUGCAGGGAGAGAUGCAACAGUUACGGGACAAGCUCACUAUAACUGAACGAGCUGCACGAUCUGAAGCUCAGUUGAAAGAAAAAUAUCAACUGCGUCUAAAAGUACUAGAAGAGACUCUGAGAUCGCCAAACACUAGCAGUCGCAACAUACCAGAUGGAAGAAGUUUGUCACGUCGGCAGUCAUUUGGAGGAGCUGAUAGCAUCUCUAAAUUGACCUCAAAUGGAUUACUACCUCGAAGGUCACCAUCAUUUCAGCUGAGAUCAUCUGGCACUAGUACAAUGCUAAAGCAUGCAAAAGGUAAUUCAAAGUCGUUUGAUGGUGGUACCCGCUCACUGGAUGGAGGAAAAUCCCUUUCAAAUGGAUCAGGCCCUAAAUAUAACGAUGGCCAACUCUGUGAGGAAACCAGGGACACUGAGACACACGAUAAUUCCUGGAAAACACAUAUAGAUGAUAAACCCACUGACUUUACAGCAGCUGAAAAAGAGGAUACUGUUUCUGUUGUGUUGUAUGAUUUGCUACAAAAAGAGGUUGUUUCAUUAAGGAAAGCUACUCAUGAGAAGGAUCAAAGUCUCAAAGACAAAGAUGAUUCAAUUGAGAUGUUAGCAAAGAAGGUUGAUACCUUAAGCAAGGCAAUGGAGGUUGAGGCCAAAAAGAUGAGAAGAGAGGUGGCUGCCAAGGAAAAGGAGGUGGCUUCUAUGCGUGUUGAUAAAGAACAUGAAAGUAGGACCCAAAGAUUAGGAAAUGUCAAGGCCCCUGGGAGUAAUUCUCAGCUGCUUCCUGGAAGAAGCACCUCAAGAGGCGGGUUGACGCACAACACUCAAUGACGUGCAGCACCAAUUGCAGAGAACAAGGAGUGGCAUUGUCUACUAGUGCUUCUGGGCUCCAAAGAAAUCAGUCAUUGCUCUGUUUGAUAAACAAGUCAGUGUAUUGCUUAAAUAGUAAGUUGCUUGUAUAAGAGAGAGAGAGUGUGUCUUGUCGAUGUAUGUUGGUCUGAACGGUAGCAGAGAGGUUUGAAAUAGUACUCAAAAAAAAGGAUACGGGCGAGAAGAUUUGGCCUUUGAUUGUGUGCUAAACUCAUUGCGAUUAAUGUGCGAUUGAUCUAUAUAUUCAUAAAAUCGUAUGCUUUUACUUAUUCAUAAAAGUUCGUUUAUAAUUUAAUUUUAUAUGAAAAUUGUUAUUGUA